GGGGGGGGGGAGCGGAGCCCGGCGGUUGUUUACCGGGGAGGGGAGAGCCGGGGCAGGUCUCGCCGAGCACAGCCGGGGCUGCUCCUCGCCCUCCGCGCCGAGGAUGCUGCGCGGGGCCCCGCGGCUCGGCGCGGUGCUGCUGGGCUCGCUGCUGCUGCUGGCCUCCGCCCGGGGAGCAGAGGAGUGCCUCCGCGGCGACGGCGCGUCCUACCGCGGGAGCCGGAGCGUGGCCUCCGGAGGAGCCCCGUGCCUCAACUGGGGGCUGGCGGUGCGGAGCGGGCCCGGCGCCGAGCUCCCGGCAGCCGCCGAGGAUCACAACAGCUGCAGGAACCCCGACGGCGCCGCCGCGCCCUGGUGCUACGUCCGAGGCUCCGAUGGGGUCCCCGAGAGGAGACCAUGCGACAUCGCCCCCUGCCCAGAUGCUACUGCUACCACAGUCCCAGUCCCUACAGCAGAAGUUAAUAUUUCUCAGGAGGUCAACCAGGUGUUUGAACCAGCUGAUACCUUGCCCUCCCGGAGCGAGGCAGCCGCUGUGCAGCCAGUCAUUGGGAUAAGUCAGAGAGUGCAGAUGAACUCCAGAGAAAAGAAGGACUUAGGGACACUAGGGUAUGUGCUGGGGCUGAUCAUGAUGGUGAUAAUCAUUGCCAUUGGAGCUGGCAUUGUCCUGGGAUAUAUCUAUAAGAGGGGAAAAGACCUGAAGGAAAAGCAUGAGCAGAAAGUUUACGAGCGUGAAAUGCAGCGCAUCACACUGCCACUCUCAGCGUUCUCCAAUCCUGCCUGUGAGCUUGUAGAUGAGAACACAAUUGUGGUGCACACUAACCAGACGCCUGUGGAGGAAACACAUGAUGGCAGUGGCCCACUCAUGGGGCAGGCAGGUACCCCUGGUGCCUGAGCAGCUGGGGCAGGAGAGGUGCAGGCUGAGCGAAGCUUCCAGCUUCCCACUGCGAGUGUGGGGGUUGCGUGUGUUCAUUUCUAUUUCGUUUUCUUUUUGAUGAAAGCCAGAUGAAGGUGAUGCAGAGGGACAGAGCAAUGGGCUAUUCAUCACAAUCUGUUUGAGGGGCACCAUUCAGUGCAUGACCAGCUGGGGACUGGUGGGGUGGACCCUGCUGCGUCCUCCCACCUAUCUCCACAGAGUGCCAAGGAGCUGGAGGGGAUGAUGGGCCAGGCUCGCACCUAGCCACAGAUCCCCUAGCCCAGAGUGUGGUCUUGGCUUCCUUUUUCUGUUCCUUUCCUAUUUAAUGGUGUGCACUGUUACGUUUCAGCCUGGAAGCCCAGGAGGGAGCAGUACUGCAGGGACUGAGGGGAGCUUCACAUCAGACUUAGCUAGAUAAUUACACUCUGAUUAUAGUUCCUGCCUUUUUGCUUCAGUGGCUGAGAGCUGGAGACACUAUCCAGAAUCCUGCUACUAGAACAGGCUUUUUUAAAUGUUUGUUUGUUUUCCCCAAAUAAGUAUUUGAGGGAUGGCUCUGACCAGAAACAGUACGUUUAGCCCUAGUGUAAAAUUUGGAAAAGCUCUUCUCAAGCUCUCGAAAAAUCCAGGUCUUCCAGGGCUGAGGCCACUUCUCCAUUUUCCUGCGGUGCUACAUGCACAGCCACAGUUGUAGGUGUCCAAGUGGUCUGCUUCCUGCUCACUUACACAGAUCAGGAGACCAAAAGGCCAGCAACAGAUAGUUCUGGAGUAAAGAAAAAAAACCUGCACCCUUCUGUUACCUACAGCAGGUUGAGCACUGAGGAUAGACAUCUAAGUUCCCUUGACUUUCUACAGGGCUAGCUCUGGACAGAGUGGCCAAGCCAGCUGUAGAGGUCACGCUGACCAUGAGGCAGCAGCUCCUGCUCUUCUGGCUGUAAGGGCAGCUGCUCUUGCAAGAUCCUGAAGUUACAGCAUGGCUUCUGGCCCAGCCCUCUUCACACACAGCUUGUGCAGCAAGCCUGCUUGCUUACAGAGCCUGGCCUUAUAAGAGAGGUUUUGUAACAACUUUUAUCAGCAUUCCAGGGACUUUGGAAAGGAUGGCUGCUGCAGCAUCUCCCAGAUGGCACCGAGGCAAGGCCAGUUCAGGGAAACACCUAUCCCCACCUCAGGGGAAUCAAGCCAUUCAAGUAAGUUUUCUAGCCAUCUGCUUUAUAGCUGAGGGCCUAACAGGGAAUAGCACUUGGCAGCAGGGGUUUUAGUGUUAAUGUUUGAUUCAGGAAAGGGAAACAUUUUAUUUUUAAAUGCCUUUGAAUACCAUUUCUUUGUAAACGUUUUAAAUACCUCAGUAUGAGAAGGUGCAGAUUGUGCUACCUUGUAUUAAAGCUUAAAAGAAAAAUGCUCUGUA